AUGCUCCCAAGGCUGGAGCGGAGUUCAAAAACUCGUAAGACCGAGCAAUCAAAAGCGAAAAGCAAAGGAAAAGGACCGCUGAAGACUCCUAAGAAAAAUGAUAAGAAGGGCAAGCUUUGUGGAAACAAGCAAAGUGACAAAAGUAAACAGUCUAGAAUGAAACCUAAAGAAACGGACAAAGCUAAGGAUGAGAAGGGCGGCAGUCCAGAAGAAAAGAUAAACGAAACUAAAACGAAAGGCUCCAACGACAAGGUAAAUAGCAAGGAAAACGACAAAACGAAGGAUGCUAAAGAAAAGACUACUGAAAAUAAAAACAAGCCUAGUAAAGAAAAAGUGUCCGAGGAUAAACCCAAAGAUAAUAAAGAAAAUGGUCCAGGAGACAAAACAAAAAAUUCUAAGGAUAAGGUCGUCGACGAAAAGGCCAAAACGGAGAAAUCAAAAGAAAAGGGUGCCGAGGAAAAAGCUAAAACGGAUAAGCCGAAAGGACCGGAAGAGAAAAAAUGA